CGUGGAGUAAAGGCUCUCGGGAUAGCAGUGCCCGGGCUCUCUCCUUGUACAGCAAUAAUCUGCUGAGAAACUACAUUUCCCACAAAGCACCGCGACACAGACAGGUUUUAAAGUUCUCAACCCGGCAGCUUAAUCACAACUGCACCGAUACCCGCGGCACUGACUCUAUCAGCUCCAGGUGUGCCACAAAAUGAACUCCCACAUGGGCAGCGAGCGGCAGGAAUUCUCCUCUUACUUUGAGCAGAUUGUUCAGGAUUUGACGUCGGAGGACUUGGGACACCCUGAGGUGGGAGACGCCAUCACCCGGCUAAAGGAGGUGCUGGAGUACAACACCCCGGGGGGCAAGUGCAAUCGGGGGGUGACGGUGUUGGCUUCAUACAAGGAGUUGGUGGGGCCAGAGCUGCAGAAGGACGGGAAUCUACAGAGAGCGCUGGCAGUGGGCUGGUGUGUGGAGCUGCUUCAAGCCUUCUUCCUGGUGGCUGAUGACAUCAUGGAUAACUCUGUGACACGCCGGGGGCAGCCAUGUUGGUACAGAAAGGAGGGGAUCGGAUUGGAUGCUGUGAAUGACUCGUUCCUGUUGGAGGCGGGCAUAUACCGAAUCCUGCGCAAGUACUGCUGGGGGAAGCCCUACUACCUGAGCCUGCUGGAGCUCUUCCUGGAGACCUCCUAUCAGACGGAGCUGGGCCAGGCCCUGGAUCUCAUCACUGCGCAGCCUGGGAAGGUGGAUUUAAACAGAUACACAGAGAAGAGGUAUAAAGCAAUUGUCAAAUACAAGACGGCUUUUUAUUCCUUCUACCUCCCAGUCGCUGCAGCCAUGUACAUGGCUGGAAUAGCCGGGGAGGCGGAGCAUAAGAAUGCUAAGACCAUCCUGCUGGAGAUGGGUGAGUUCUUCCAGAUUCAGGAUGAUUAUCUGGACUGUUAUGGAGACCCCAGUGUGACGGGCAAGAUUGGCACCGACAUUCAGGACAAUAAGUGUGGCUGGCUAGUGGUGGAGGCACUGAAGAGAGUCAGCCCUGAGCAGCGCCAGGUCCUAGAGGAGAACUACGGGCGGGAUGAGCCGGACAAGGUGCAGCGGGUGAAGCAGUUGUACGACGAGCUGGACAUGGCGGCUAUAUACCGACGAUACGAGGAGGAGAGUUACCAGCGCCUGCAGCUGCUCAUUUCCCAGCAUGCACUCAACCUGUCCCGCGAGAUCUUCCUCUCCCUGGCACACAAGAUCUACAAGAGGCAGAAGUGAGGCAUGCUGGGAUACCUGCUGCCCAUGUACUCGCCCCCAGAGCAUUUGCCCAGUGUGAAAGGGACACAGUGAUUGGACCACGGGCACCACGAGGGGAACUGUUUUAUAUUAUUUAUAUUCUGACUGGAGCCCUGCCAUUGCUCCUCCCACAGGAAUAAAUUUCACACCAACCGCCCCCAUGUGGGCAUCAUGUCAUGUUUCUGUCUCAUACCUGUCUGUCAGGCACUAAAGGGUUAACUCCUCUAAAUA